AUGGGCGGGUCCGUCCGCCAGCUGCCAUCGCACACGGCGACCAUCAGGCGUAAACCGUCGUCCAAACCGGCGUAUCGUAGAGGGACAAUCAGUGGAGGUGUUCCCAUCCCCAUCUCCACCCCGCAGGUUCCCCUUAAAGCUCUGGCGGGAAACGGCGGCAGUGAUGAGAAUGUUUUUGCAGCGCCCCCUCCUGGAGGAGCAGGUUUAGGUUACAGUAAACUCUGCACCUCCACUCAGAGCCUCAGUGCCUUACCCCCCUCCUCUUCCUCCUCCUCCUCCUCGCCGUACUACCAGCUGGUCCCUGGUCAGAUGCCCAUCCCGGUGCCUGUGCCCACCGUACCCUCUCUGCCACAAGAGGGCAGCAACACCAAGCUGCAGCAGCAGAGAGAGUACCAGCAGCAACUCCAGCACCAGCAACAGCAACUCAGACAGCAGAUGAACCACCAACAGCAGUCUGUUCAGAUACAGCAGUACAACCAGCAGGUCCACAUCCAGCAACAGCAGCAGCAACAAUAUCAACAGUUUCAGCAACAACAACAAUAUCAACACUUUCAACAACAACAGCAACAGCAGCAACAAUAUCAACAGUUUCAGCAACAACAACAACAACAGCCGCAGUUCAAACAGCCGCUGCUUCAGCAACAGGAGCUGAGUCAGCUGCAGAAACAGAAGCUCUUCCAGCAGCACCAGGCCGACUUCCAGGCCCCGGCCCCGGCUCCUCAGAUAGAGCCCACCGGUCUGAGCCACGGCGCUCACUACCAGCCCCAGCUCCCUCCCCCUUCCAGCCUGAACCAGAUCCAGAACCAGAGCCAGGAUCAGCCGAUCCAGGAUGGAGGAGAAGGAGGAGGAGGAGGAAACAUGCUGAGCCAGAUCCGAGGAGUGCGACUGAAACGGACCGUCACGAAUGAUCGCUCCGCCCCCCUCCUGCCCCCUCCGGCCAAUCACAAAUGA